AUGACAAGCACAUUCUGGUCCCGUCUUUCUAUCGUUUUCGUGCUAUUCCACUUGCUGCAUGUAUUUGUAGUGCGUCCUGUGGAAGCAGUGGUGUCAGCAGAAUGCGAACAUGAAACCAAAGUGAUCCAAUCGUACAGUAAUGUACAAGCAGAGCUGCACCUGGCAUUGCACAAACACGUUCAAGGCCAUGUCCUCGACUGCAACUACACGUCCAUGACGGAGUUCAACUGUACCAUUACGUACGACCCCCAAGAAGAAACCAUGGCCCCUUAUCAAGAGUUUUGCGAUCGAGCACAGGGACAAAUAGUCAAGCGAAAAGUAGACCUCAACCAUGUCCUCUUGGGAGUCCUUACGUUCAAUGUGGCCAUAAAGGAUAUUCCUCAAUGCGUGGGUGCCAGCUGCGAUCCCAGCACUAUCGAACAGGACGAUCUUCCCAAUGACAUCUUUGGAGAUUUCAUCAAGGAAAUGUCAGAAGGAGACAUCUGCGACCAAGCUACCGCUAGUUGGGGAGAAUUGGACUUUUGGGGAAACUUUGGAGUUCAGAUUGCUUCUUGGGCUGGAGUUGAUUUGAGAGAUUGUUUUGAUGAUCCAGAAGAUGAUGAAAAUAACUAG